GAGAGAGAGAGAGAGAGAGGGAGACAGAGAGAGAGAGAGAGAGGGGAGUGAGGGAGCAUGAGUUAGAAGGGACCGGGGUGGGUGAGUGCUGCGAAAUCCGUUAACAGGGGAGCACUGUGUGUUUGUGAGACAUCUUGGCGCUGUGCCCAACUUGGCUCAUUGUAAUCGAGGCAUGAUCAGCGACUCUGGGCAGCUCCUCUCCGGCGCCGCGGCUGCCUAGCGCCUGGACCCUGCCCAGCUCCCACCGCUGACAUGGAAAGACCUACCCCCAGCGACGUGAUGCUCAAGCGGGACCAUGAGCGAGACACGGACCUGGAUAAGAAGAUCGAGGCCCUCCGCAGGAAGAACGCAGUUCUCAUGAGGAGGUACCAGGAGGUGGAGGAAGACAAGAAGAUGGCGGAGGAGGACGUCGUGAGCCCGCCGGGCCGCAAGGGCAAGGCCGACGACCUCAGCAUCACCAUCAGCAAGUCCGCCAGUGAGAGUCGCGUGGUGGUGGCCAAGCGGUGUGCGGUGGGGGGGCAGCCGGGAGCGGGGCCCAGCCGGGCCGGGGAGGGGUCCCUACCGGGCUGCGGGCGGGGCCGCAAGAAGCAGCUCACGGUCACCAUGGCUGGGAAGAAGGGGAAGAGGGUGGUGAGCGAGAGGGCGGAGCCAGGACUGCCAGGGGACGGAGUGAGGGGGCCCGACGAGGACCGACCGGCCCAGGGCGGCGACACGGCAGGCGGAGCCAAACACGUGCACCACGCCUCAUCAAAGAGGGGCCCCGCUGCCAUGCAGGAGUGCGAGGUCGCGCCGCCGUGCACGGACCUCACCGUGCCAACCUCCCCAGAGGAGCUGCAGGACUACUUGUGCUGGAAGCGCGACCGGGAGCGCAUCGACCGGGAGCGCGUGGCGCGCCACAAGAACGCCAAGGGCCAGUGGAGGCGGGCGUGGGACGCGGACAAAUCGGAGAGCAUGUUUUCUGACAAGUGUCUUCCUGAGAAGGAGCGCGGUCCAACCAGCAGAGGUGGGAGGAACGCACGGAGAGCCCAUCCCAGGACACAACUCCAGGAGUCACAGGGCCCCGUGAGGGACAAAGUCAAAGACAAGGGCCCCAAAGGCGUUCCGGGGGUGAGCAGCAAAGCCCAGGGCGUGGACCGCCUGACAGGGCGGGCCCGGAGAUGGGAUGCCGACGAGGCAGGGGAGCCAGCGCAGUCCACCGACACGAGCUUGGAAGAACUCCUGGAAGAACUCGAUGCCUCGAGCGAGCCCGAAGAUAAAGAGGAGGACGACGCCAAUGAUCAGGGUGGAGAGCGCAAAGACAGGGACCCCCCAAAGGGGAAGACGGUCCCCGGCCCAGAGGUGAUCCCCUCCGGGGUGGUCGUGGGCGGUCCGGACUCUGAGGGGCCGGGGCGGAGCGGUGGGUCCCCCGCGGCUGGGGGUGGGCGGCCCCGGAUGAAGAACGGGGCGGUCUCCUGCCCCAGAGGACCGGAGAAGAGGGUCCGCUUCUCCGAGGAGCUCAUCAAGGGGGCGGAGCGCCCCACAGCCUCCAAGGGGCCCGCCCUCCAGGUGGGGAAGGCUUCAUCUUCCGGCAGAAGAACCCACCGGGAGUCUGCCGAUCCCCAGGGGGUGGUUCAGAGUCCUGCUCCGGGACCCACCGACGGAGCGCAGCCUGUUGUCCCGCAGCCUGUUGUCCCGCAGCCUGUUGUCCCGCAGCCUGUUGUCCCGCAGCCUGUUGUCCCGCAGCCUGUUGUCCCGCAGCCUGUUGUCCCGCAGCAGGUCCCCUCCCUGAAGGAACUUGGAGAACAGAGCAGCGACGCCGCCCCUGAGCAGUGUGGGGGGUGUCGUCCGGAGAGCCCAGAGGGACCCACCCAACACGCCAAGUGCAAUAUCAGCAACAGGAACACAGAGGAGCGCAUAGAAGGUCUCUCCGUGCUGAGCUUGGAGUCGAGGGACACGUGUUCAAAAGCCGCCACCAACACUGACAAGGCAAGAGAGAACGGGAAAAUUGUCUGAGGCGAUUUCUGAAAUAAAAAAACUGCAACCAAAACACAGUGUUGACAUCGAAGACUUACCCAGCUGGAGUUUAAAACUUUUACUUCCUGUUUGCCUUUUAUUUAUCUUUUCUAUUGCUUUGUGAAGUUGCCAUUGUGCUGGGCUGUGUGUGUGUGUCCCAAUCGUUGCGUGAGCACAGCAUUGUUGGCAAUCUCACACGUUUGCUACAGUACCCUUAUUAAUAACUUCAACAAAAUGCCAAGUGGCCAUUGAUCAGCAAGUUAAGACAAAGGUCACCUUGCAAUACUAUAGGGGUCAAGGUUAAAAUAGGCUCCCAUCACUAAUAUCCUGGAUGGUGAUGAUAGGUAAACACAUGGGAGCCUAUGUUAUGAGGCCCUGCCACUCGGAGCUAAACAUCUUAAUUUGAACAAAGGAACGGAAGAGCGUUUACUGGAAAGAAAUCUUCCCCUCGUUUUGCUUCCAAGCACUUUAAUGACGAGUAUUGUCAUAAUAUACACUGUGUUCGAAUGCUGUUUACUUGCAAGAUUUAUGAAUGUGUCUUUUGUUUACAUUUUAAGGAGUUUUUUUUGGUGGGGGUUUCUGCACCACUUCUUGGUGGGAUGUUCAGUGGUAUUUUGUAUAAAUACGAAAGUAUUCAUAGGUUAAGAUCUGCACAUCUACACAAUAUCCAAGUUGCACACAUUUAACACUGUAGAAUCCAGAUUUUUUUUUUCCAACAUCGUUUUUUAAGGAACAACAUGAAGUCUUUCAAAGUCCUUCGGUGACUUUAACCAAGACCUGACUUGGUAAUUCACUCAUGAAGGGUGAAUUACCUUUCUGUAUAUCUAUACAAGUUUUCUAACAAGGAUUUUAAAUGUUAAUAUUACGUUUGAAUCGUCUUUUGUAUUGUGUUACUACAAAGCUAAGCAGCCUUGCAAGACAACUCGCAACGGCUCAACUUGUCCAAUCGGGGCGCAUGGUUGUUGCCAAUCAACGUCAGUGUUUAGAGGUCACUAGCAGAAGCUUAUAGCCUAAAGUAGCAACCUUCCAUAUAAUACUGCUUAACUUCCCUGAACAACACCAAUAUUUUGCACUAGUGUACUUCUCAGUACAUCAUGACUUGGCAUCAGCAGCUUCAAAAGGCCUCCUUUGAUCAAUCAUGAGGACUAUCCCUCUAGUAAGGGCAAUGGAAACUUGAUACAAUAAUAAUAUUUUAAUGUAAGGGUAGGCACUUUUUAUUCAUAUCUGUUGAGAUUCUCUUUACAUCCGGAAAGCAAUCAAUAAAUCAAAUGCUGUGACGAAAAAAUACGAAAAUCUUCAAAAAGAAGCCUGUCCAAUCAUUUUAUUCGGCCCGAAUGAAAUGAUUGGAUGGCAUACCCAUCAAUCUACCUACUAGCCAGCAACCUGCACACAAUCUGCCCGCCCACCCAUUGCGCAUAACCAGAGUUGUCCACGAGGCUUUUGAGAGAGGGCUUGAGGAGUGGGAUUUUUCUCGUUUGACGCUUUCAAAUUCAAGCUUACUCUGGCUGCUCUCUCAAAACUGCCUACCCCACCAUUAACACUAAAUAGUACUCUCACGAUAACCUUUAAACAUGAUGGGUGUAAAAGCCAGAUCGAGUCUCAGUGUUUGAAGAAAGCCUUGCUCUGCUUCUAAGUUGAAUUCUAAUGUGUUCACGUGUCGCAGAGUGGGGUUGAUAGUGAUUCAUUUGCACAGCACAUGCUAAUUGCUUUCGUAUUGCGGGCUCGAAAGGGGUCUCGCUUUUCUGCCUUAAUUUACAUAGACUAAAGACAUGAAACAUUUCAAGGCUAAUGAGAGCCACCACAUGAACUGAACAAGCGGAAUUGGUUAGUGUUUUUUAUAUUGGGCCCCAAACGCGUUGGUUGUCUUUUGUAAUCGUUAGUGAUAACUAUUGCGUUUUAAGCCAUUGUUGUUCUUAUAGAUUGAAUGUGCCUUACAUAUAAGUUUCUCCAAAUGAGGAAGAGGAAAAACGUUAUGGUAACACCAUACAGUAAUCUGUACUAGCAUAGUGACAGUGCACUAUUGUUAUUUCUGAUUGUAUUUAAUGGCCUUUUCAUAUGGAAACCUGAAUGUUAGAAACUAGGAUUCUGCAAACAGUUUUAACAAUGUUACAUGUUGUGUUUCGAUUCUGUAAAGAUUUAUUUAUUAUCAUGUAAUAUACAUUUUUUACCAUAGCACUUGACAAUAAUGAAUACAAUUCACGUCACUUUAGUGAUAACAUAGUAUAGUUUAUGUCACUGUUUACCAGAUCAAUAAUAUGCUCUUAGAUACAGCAAGGGUCUAUAAUCGACAGCCUUUUGAAUAUGUAGUGUGCAAAGCAGCGGUCAGAGUCAUUCCAUUUCUCCGUAGAGAAGUAUGGUAUUUGAAGGGUUGCAUGAUCAAGUAUGUGAACUGGGUGUACUGCUGUGAGUACUGUCAACGUUUAGGUUCAGGUAACGUUCUUUAACACAUGGAACACAGACUAUUGCACUGUGUAAUACAUGCUGAUGUCCAACAUUUUCUGAAGUCCUUUUGGAUAUCUUUAGUGAAGGCCAUCUAGAAUGUGAUUAAUCAGUUUGUCGACAAUGCAAGGAUCAGUUCUCUCAUAAAUGAUUCAUUCAUGAGAUGGGUCGGUACUGCGAAGCCCAGUUUAGGGUUGUAGGUGAUUGUUUAAGAAGGUUUUGCUUCA